AAUUUCAUCUACUGUAUAACCCCUUAAUGAGCCCCACACGAGAGGGAUGACGCAGCUUUCGCAACAGAGAUAAUCAGAGACGAGGCUUAUCAGCAGCGGAGCAGGCGACAAAAUGUUCAAUCAGUGUAAAUUCGGAAUAUUCACAUACAAUAAAUAGCACACACACGGAACAUACAAUGUCCGAUCAGCCAGGACAUAACCCUUCAGGGGCCCCUGAGCAAAGAGGGGAAGACAUUUUACAAGAACUGAACAAAAACAUGAGUAAAUUUGCAAACAUUGCACGAUCAGUGGGUGAAAUGAAAUCGACCAUUGAAAAACUUCAAAAAGACGUGAAAGAAAUUAAACGCAAAAAACAAGAAGAGGCGGGGCCGUCAAAAAAGUCACGAAUUUCGGACUCGGAUAUGUGCCAGUCGGGGCCGUCCAAACAGUUACAAGCACCUGCGGUUACAGUUGCCGAAAGUUCCGAUUCGGAAUCGGACCCAAUGGACGCAGAAAUAGACGAAAUGCAUGGUUAUUUGGAUGAGGAAAGCUGUUCGGAUGAGGAGGAUUGCGAUCUUAUAACAGAGUUAACGCAAUUCCGUACUGAGACAACGGAAACUGGUGAGGCCGUAUCACCUACCAUCGCUGAGAUUACAAACAAGGCAAUAAAAAACAAGCAGUCAGAAGAAAAAAUCUAAGAGAUUCUGAACAGACAUAAACGGCCAGUCAACAUCGAGUUCCUUCCAGUCCCCAAGGUUAAUGAAUUUCUGUGGAGACAAUUAAAACAGUCUCCAAGACAUUCAGACUUUCUCCUGCAAAAGUCUCACAGCACGCUUGCACAAGUAGCGGUACCAAUCAUAAAGGC